GGCGACCACAGCACACAGUAGCUUUAGCAGCUUCGAGUCAAGUCGUCGGUGCACCGCUUUUAUAUCUAACAUGGUCGUGCUUUUUAGUUAGUCCAUACACACACACUAUCAAAUAAACAUAUACGACAUUCCCACGCACGCACACGCAUACACAUAACUACCCGUACAACGUCUACUGGCGGCUAUCUCGGAAAAAAAUUAAAACAAUAUUGUUUUUCAGCCGUCGCUAUAACCACCGCGGUUGGUCUUUUCUAUCUCAUCACGUUCUUCCUCUUUUUUUUUCUAUUAAUCUUCGCGAACCUUUCCGUUGACGCUGCGACACUAACCGUAGUGUAGUGCGUCGAUUGGUUUUUUUUUUUUUUUUUUGGCCACGGCGGUAAAUAAUAAUAGUAGAGAAAAAAAAUCCGAAAAACAUUGUUAACCCAGACGACGGCGCGUCGAAUCGAGACUGAUGAAAUAAUCGGGCGUUGGCCGCGGCCGUGCGCCACACCGGUCGUCCGGGGGCCGGACGAUGACGAACAUUGACGACCGGUGCAACACCGGGGUAGAGUACCGGGCCGCGGGCGCGGGCGUUCGCGUGCAGCGGCGACGGCGGCGGCAGCAGCGGUGAACGAUUGGGGGGCCACCGUGCGACGAUGGCGACGCCCCCCGACAGCCCGAUCAUCGAAGAGGCGACGUUUAUCGAGCUCGAAGAACAGCUGAACAAUCCGUCCGUGUUCCAGCACGCCAGGCCCGUCGCUCUGGAUGACCUUUGCCGGCAGACCAAGUUCACCAGACAAGAGAUCCGCAUCAUGUACAGAGGGUUUAAACAGAAAUGUCCAGAAGGAGUUGUGCACGAAGAUCUGUUUAAAGAUAUCUAUUCUAAGUUUUUUCCACAUGGAAACUCGAAUUUAUAUGCUCAUUUUGUGUUCAAAGCAUUUGAUGUCAAGAGUAACGGCGCAAUUAGUUUUAAAGACAUGCUGAUGACUCUGUCCACACUACUCCGCGGAUCCAUUUACGAAAAGCUCCGAUGGACGUUCAAGCUUUAUGAUCUGAACGGUGAUGGAUGCAUAACGAGGUCGGAGCUCGGCCAAAUCGUGUUGGCUAUCCAUGAGCUGAUGGGCAAGAGACCGCAAAUUCCGUCUUGCGUGGCAUCCUGCGUAAAGAUGUUUUACUGUACUAUGCAAUCAAACCAGUGGCUUUAUUCGUGGAGGUGGUCAGUAACUGGGACAUAUGCUCCGAUCUGGGUCGUGGAACCGUUAAAUCCAAAGAUCAAACCGAUAUGGUUUUCAAAAAACUUGAUAUCAAUCAAGAUGGCGUGAUUACGUUUGAAGAAUUCAUAGAAUCAUGUCUAAAGGACGAAGCAAUCACCAAGUCAUUACAAUUGUUCGACUCCAGGUGUCUAUGAUUGUCGCUAUCCUCCACCGACUCGGUGGAAGUAUCACUUCUGUCGUACGAUCAGUCGGAGGAGGAGAAGCAAUGCAGCCAACCGCGGCCAGCAGACAACGAGUCUUCCCAAAAUAAUAUAUUCUUCGAUUUCCAAUGUACAUAGAUAUAAUUAUUAUGAAAGCCGUUUGGGUUUAUUCGGGAACGUCCCUUCCGAAUGUACUUGGCCGUAUUACUUAUAUACUGAAAUGUGAUUUUUUUUUUUGGUCAUUUUAAUGUGGCAUCCGUUUGGUGCCAUAAUUGCUCGGUCCGUCCUAUACAUUGUUACCGUGGUAGUUACGUUCAUAAAACCAUUCAUGUCACGAGAUUCAUUUGUACUUAAAAAUCGGUUCGCUGUGGGUAUAUUUUAUAAUUAUAAUUUAUUAUUAUUUUUUUUUUUUAAUAAGUGAUUUGAAUGCGAGAAAUCAAAUUUAGUGAAGAUUAGAACUAUUAUUAGAUAGAAGAUUUUGAUAGAUAAUACGUACGUUUUAAUAUUUUUAAACACAUAGUAGCACUAUUAUGCGUCAAUACAAUUAUGAUAAUUAUUAUUGAGUGGUUCGUUUCUAAUCAGAAAUACAUUAUUUUGUAAAUG